AAUGUACUACCAAUUGAAAGUGUAUUUAAUAAUCAAUUAAUAAUGCACUAUUCAUUACAUUCAUUUUUUAAAAAGAAAUUUGGUACUUUAACCAUUUAGUAAAGCCAAAUUCUUCUCAUUCAAAAAUAUGGUUGGUUGAAGUAAAUUAUUGAUAGAAAAUGAGGUUUAAACCAUUGCGAUGUUUGAUUUUGGCUAUAUUUAUUUCUAUAUCAUUGUUUGUCAUCAUGUUAGUAAAUAUAAAUACAAAAACAUAUAAAAAUGGAAAAGAAGUUUUUAUUGAAGAUUUUUCUAAUAUUAAAAAAUUUCCUGUGCCAAGUUUAAAAAAUGAAAUAGCUAUACCAAAAAGAAAUCAGUCAUCAGUUCAAUCACCAGAUUCAUGUUUAGUAAAGAAUCAUCAAUAUUUUCCACUUUGCAACGAAAAGAUUCAGUAUUUAAGUCAAAAAGACUUACCAUCUUGCUUCUCUAUGGUUCAUGGCAUUGAUGGCACAAAGUGUUCUAUUUAUAACUAUCUGCAAAAUGUAGAACCAUUCUGUGCAAAUCAUGUAAAAAGAAGUUCUGAAGUCGAAUAUGCUUUGCCACGAUAUGAUUUAGAUGGUUUGCUAGAGUUACUUCCAGAAAAUCCCUAUCGGUGGAUGCGUGAACGAGCAAAGCAAACUUGGAAUGACUGGCUUCAAGCAAUCAAGCAAUUUAAUCUUACUAAACAAAAAUGGCAGAAAAAGAAAGUUCUAUGCUUCAUGGGAUCAAUGGGCUUUCAACCGAUGAUAUUAGAGAUGGCUGGUAAAGGGGGUCCUCUUGGGGAAUUAGUUCAAUGGACUGAUUUAAUAUCUGGACUCUACGUUUUAGGUUAUGACAUUCGACUUCACCUCAACAAUUCAGAGUUUACUAAAUUUAUGGACGCUGAUGACGCUAAUGGUUGUGCCCAAAAGAAGUUUGAAAAAAAUCUAGUUGAUAUUUUUUACACUGAUUCUAAUGGCUUUGUUAUAACAAUGCAAAAAUUAGGUUUUGCUUCUUCUGCAAAAUAUAGGUGCAUGAUGCGGAUCUUAGAUUCUUUUGGCACUUACCCAGAAUUCAACUAUCCUUCUUACCCUCAUAAAAUACCAGGUGGUCGUUCUGGUUGGGCAAAUCAGAAUCUUAUACCAACUCAGUUUUUAACUUUAUUUCCUCACACUCAUGACAAUAGUUUCCUUGGUUUUGUGGUGGGAAAUAUUAACUCAACUGAGAAUCUUCCAAAAAAAACAAAAAAAAACAUUGCCUUGAUAUAUGCUAAACUUUCAUCAUAUUUAGCUGGGAGAAUAGCAUAUCUAGAUGUGAUAAAUGAGUAUUUUGAGAUACAUGCAACCCUUGUUGAAGUUAAUCAUCCAAUUCCAAAGUAUGUCAUAAAUCAUGGACCAGUUAGUGGUAAAAAAGUGAAAGAAUUACUUUUGCAAUCUAAGCUAUUUAUUGGUGUUGGAUUUCCGUAUGAAGGUCCAGGUCCUUUAGAAGCAUUAGCUGCUGGUGCAACUUAUAUUCAGCCAAAGUUUGAUCAACCGAAGCACAAGUUUAAUGAAAAGUUUUUUGAAGAUAAACCUACAUUAAGAAAGCUCAGUUCACAAUCUCCUUAUAUGGAAGAAAUGGUUGGUGAACCAUACAGCUACACAGUUGAUGUAAAAAAUGAGACUUUAUUUCGACAGAUCCUGGAGAUGAUUAAAAAUAGGGAGGAUCUUCCUCCCAAGAUUCCUAAAGAGUUUACAAGUUAUGGAAUGCUAGAGCGAAUACACAUUUUUACAGAACAUAUGGAUUUUUGUGAUGCAACAGCUCCAAGAUGGCCUCCAAUCCAGCAUAUUAAAGUUUAUAUGGCAGAACGCGGCCAAUCUUGUAAAGAUGCAUGUUUUAAAAAAGGUUUAGUUUGUGAAAGAACAUUUUUUGUUGACAUUGAUACAAAGCAAUCUAUAGAAAGAAACGGUAAUCUACAAUGCACUAAGGUGAGCGAGGUAUACGCUUUGCACGCACCUUCUUUCGACCCAUUAACAAAUAUUUGUUUUGUUCAAUCCCACGGCCAACUUUACAGUUGCAUGCACGAGGCGGAGAACGUAAAACGUUUAUGCCCAUGUAGAGAUUUUGAAUUGGAACAGGUGCAAUUGUGUAAAGAUUGUCUAUGAAAUAUUGUUAUAUAUUUUU